UUUUUUUCAGGUCAUUUUGAUUUCAUCAACAUAUAUAAAUCAUUUAGCGCGGUAAAAAAGUAAGAUGUCUAAACGUUCCGCUGACGAUUCGGGGGCUGGUGGUAGCAACGUGGCUGCCACAAAUCUUGGCCAGCCCCCCAUAAAAAAGGUUCAUUUUGAGCCUCACCUUAUUGGCCCCGUGUCAACGCUUGAAGAAAUGGACAUUAAAGUAUUAGAAUUCCAAAAUAAAAAGCUAGCGCAACGAAUUGAACAACGUAUGCGCACCGAAGCAGAGCUUAGGCAUAGAAUUGAACAAUUAGAGAAGCGGCAGAUGCAGGAUGACGCUGUGCUCAAUGUUGUAAAUCGAUAUUGGAAUCAAUUAAAUGAAGAUAUACGCGUGCUUUUGCAACGUUUCGAUGCUGAGACUGCUGACGAGUCUGAAAAUCGAAACGAGAAUGAAGUCACCACAUCAUUCCUUACCCAGUUAUCUACUUGGGAUAAAGAAGAACUUGAUGAUAAACUAGCUAAUCGGGUGCAAGUAUCAAAAAGAGCAGUAGCAAAAAUAGUACAAGUGAUUGAUCGCAUAAUGCAGCGUAAUGAGAAGAUAACACAAGCAUUUAAAGAAGGUAAUGGUGUUAUUGGCGGAAGCAAUUCGAAUGCCAAUGCAGAAGGGGAAGAUGGAUCUGAAAAUGUUACUAAUAAUCUCUUGCCUAAUAUUGAUGAGACUUUGAAACAAACACACAUUGAGAUUAUGACAGAAAAUAGAAAUUUGCAAAGCUUGAAUACCUCUUUGCAUGAAAAGUUUCAUACUAUUUCAUUAAAAAUGAAAGAAUGUCAGGAUGCACUGACUGCUAAAGAGACCGAAAAUGCUGAAUUGAAAAAUCAGAUAGAUGAGUUACAAUAUGACUUGGAAAAGGUGCAUUGUCGUAAUGAUAAAUUAGAAAAUCAUUUGGCAGAAGCCAUAGAGAAAUUGAAAGCUUACCAUCAAAUGCACGGCGAUCCUAAUAAAAGCUCUACAACGAGUAAGGGAUCUGGAACGGCAAAUGUUAAUAGUCAACACUAUGAAGAUUUACAAAAAGAGUUGGAAGAAUAUCGCGAACUUGCCAACAAUCGUCUACAAGAAUUGGAUAAAUUACAUGCAACACAUAGGGAGACAUUAAAAGAAGUGGAAAAACUAAAAAUGGAUAUUCGACAACUACCUGAAUCAGUUAUUGUAGAAACCACAGAAUACAAAUGUUUGCAAUCACAAUUCUCCGUUCUUUAUAAUGAAUCUAUGCAAAUCAAAACCAUGUUGGAUGAAACUCGCAAUCAAUUGCAAACAAGCAAGAAUCAACAUUUGCGACAAAUCGAAGUUAUGGAAAGCGAAGAGUUGAUUGCACAGAAAAAAGUUCGAAGUGAAAUGAUUCAAAUGGAAGAUGUUUUAGCACAGAUUAGAAAAGAAUAUGAAACUUUGCGUAUAGAAUUCGAACAAAAUAUGGCGGCUAAUGAGCAAACAGCCCCGAUAAAUAGAGAAAUGCGGCACUUGAUUACAUCGCUGCAAAAUCAUAAUUUACAGUUGAAAGGAGAGGUUCAGCGAUAUAAACGAAAAUACAAAGAUGCGUCGGCUGAUAAUGUGAAGUUACGGAAAGAAAUAGAAGACACUAUAGCCAAGUUGGAAGGCACUAAACAACAACCACCUACAGCAGAGGAAGUGAAGCAGGAGGGUGGAAAUGUAGUUAAAGAUGAGAACACUGCCACUGGCGCUGGAGCAAAUGCUGGUAACAACGAAUCAUCAAUGACUGUUAAGGAUGAAUCAGGUGCCAAUAUGAAAGGAGAAGACGGUGAUGAGGAAGCAAAUGACCAAAAAGAGGGUAUUAAGCAAGAAAAGAACGUGACAGGAGUAAAUACCAACACAGGAGAAAAGAAAGAUAAUCAAGCUGCUGGCAGUAUAAAUGCCAAUGCUGCCGGUGGUGUUGCUGCAAGUGGAACGCCAUGUACAGCUAUUGUUAAAAUAGAAAAAGAUGCGAAGGAUUUGGCAAAAGCUAAGGAAAUAAAAUUAGUGGAAUCUGAAAUAGUACGUGAUCUAAAGGCACAGUUGAAAAAAGCGCUAAACGAUCAAAAAGAAAUGAAGCUUCUGCUCGAUAUGUACAAAGGUGUUUCAAAGGAUCAACGCGAUAAAGUGCAGUUGAUGGCAACGGAGAAAAAACUUCGUUCAGAAAUUGAAGAGUUGCGUCAGCAAUUGAAAAAACUGCAGGAAAGUAAGAGAGAAGAGCGCAAAAAGUUAGCUGACGAAGAGGCAUUACGCAAGAUCAAACAACUUGAGGAGCAGAAAUAUGAAUUGCAGAAACAGGUGGCCAGCCAGAAGCCGGUGGAAAAUACUUGGGGUGGACCUGGUGGUGCUAAUUAUGCUCGUCCUUUUGUCGGCUCACAUGAAGAAGAGGCACUGCUCAAUGAAAUGGAAGUAACAGGGCAAGCAUUUGAGGAUAUGCAGGAACAAAACUCGCGACUUAUACAGCAACUACGCGAAAAGGAUGACGCCAACUUUAAGUUGAUGUCCGAACGCAUUAAAGCGAAUCAAAUGCAUAAUUUACUACGCGAAGAGAAGCAAAUAUUGGUGGACCAAAUGUCUACCCGGGAUACACAAAUUGAAGCAAUGCACAUUGUAUUGCGAAAAUUGGAAGAGAAGGAGCGCAGCUUACAGGCCACUGUAGCCACUAUAGAAAAAGAAUUAAUGUUGCGUCAACAAGCAAUGGAAAUGCACAAGCGCAAAGCCAUUGAGUCAGCGCAGUCAGCGGCUGAUUUAAAAUUACAUUUGGAAAAAUAUCAUUCUCAGAUGAAAGAAGCUCAACAGGUAGUUGCAGAGAAAACUAGCUCGUUAGAAGCGGAGGCGUAUAAAACAAAGCGCUUACAGGAGGAGCUAGCCCAGUUCAAACGCAAAGCUGAACGCAUGAAAAAGAUUGAGAUGGCCGGUAGUACUAUUGAUGAAGUAGUAUUAGAGGAGAUUCGUGAAUAUAAAGAGACUCUUACAUGUCCUUCUUGUAAAGUUAAGCGCAAAGAUGCGGUGCUUUCGAAAUGCUUCCACGUCUUUUGUUACGAUUGCUUACGCACACGUUAUGAAACUAGACAACGGAAAUGUCCUAAAUGUAAUUGCGCAUUCGGUGCAAAUGAUUAUCAUCGCCUAUAUUUAACUUAGAUUUUAGUGCUGUACUAAGUUACAAAUUUCACUGGUAAAUAUAUAAGUAAAGCUGAUAGAUUUUUGCUAUCGAGAGCGCGAAAAAAGCGUUGCAAAAGUUUCAUGUGGGCUGUUGCACUACUAUAGUUUUCCAUGUCUACUACAUACAAUCCAUACGCUAUAUUUACAAUUAGAUAUAUGUAUGCUUAAUAUGCAUUAGUUAUUGCAGUAAAUAUACUUUUAUCUUAUGAA